AUCCGCCAUUUAUAAGAAUACGCGAAGUUUGUGCUCAUGAAGUGGUAUCGCCAUAAUACCAUUGUAACUGAUAAAUUAACUCACGAAUCGACGAAACGUUCGCGAAGUUCAAAAAGCCCGCCCGCGAAACGUGUUAUGGCCGGUAAGUUGUGCAUCAAAUACCGUCGUUUGUUUCUGUUACAUCUAUGAGCCGUGACCCCAAUGAGGGCUAUGUGAAUAUCUUAAUUGCUACAUUCUGCUACUUCUUACUUUUCUUGACUGUUCUUUCGUAAAAAUGGAAGGUAAUGCAGAUGUUCAGUGGUGCUUCUCUCAAGUGAAGGGUACACUUGACGACGAUGUAACUGAAGCUGAUAUUAUAUCUUGCGUAGAAUUCAAUCACGAUGGGGAACUUUUGGCUACAGGAGACAAGGGUGGGAGGGUUGUUAUAUUUCAACGUGAAGCAUCAGAUGAAGCUGUUCUUCCCAAACGAGGAGAUUACACUGUAUACUCAACUUUCCAAUCUCAUGAACCAGAAUUUGAUUACUUGAAAAGUUUAGAGAUUGAAGAAAAGAUAAACAAAAUAAGGUGGUUGAAAAGAAAAAACCCAGCUCAUUUUCUCUUGUCAACUAAUGACAAAACGAUCAAAUUGUGGAAGGUAUCUGAGAGAGAUAAAAAAGUGGAAGGUUAUAACACGCGCUUAGAGAACGGUUCCAUGGUUGAUCCUACCACUGUUAGUUCAUUACGUGUACCAAUAAUCAAACCUAUGGAGCUAAUGGUGGAAGCAUCUCCAAGGAGGAUCUUCGCCAACGCACAUACCUACCACAUAAACUCCAUUUCAGUAAAUUCGGAUCAAGAAACUUACCUAUCUGCUGAUGACCUUCGGAUCAAUUUGUGGCAUUUGGAAAUAACAGAUCAAAGUUUUAACAUAGUUGAUAUAAAACCUACAAACAUGGAAGAGCUUACAGAGGUUAUAACAGCUGCAGAAUUUCACCCCGUAGAGUGUAAUUUGUUUGUUUAUAGUAGCAGUAAAGGAACAAUUCGGUUGUGCGACAUGAGGUCCGCGGCUCUGUGUGAUAGGCAUAGCAAAUUAUUUGAAGAACCUGAAGAUCCCACGAAUCGGAGUUUUUUUUCUGAAAUUAUUGCUAGCAUUUCUGACGUCAAAUUGUCGAAUAGUGGCAGGUACAUGAUUUCUAGAGACUAUUUAUCGGUGAAAUUGUGGGACUUGCACAUGGACACCAAACCAGUGGAAACUUUCCCAGUUCAUGAAUACCUACGAACAAAACUGUGUUCUCUAUAUGAAAAUGACUGUAUAUUCGACAAGUUUGAAUGUUGCUGGAAUGGAAAUGAUACAGCAAUAAUGACUGGUUCCUAUAAUAAUUUCUUUAGAAUGUUUGAGAAAUCAUCAAAGAGAGAGGUAACAUUAGAAGCAUCUAGGGACAUUGCAAAGCCGAGAACUUUGCUCAAACCGAGGAAAGUGUGCACCGGAGGCAAAAGGAAAAAGGAUGAAAUAAGUGUAGAUUGUUUAGAUUUCAAUAAGAAAAUAUUACAUACAGCUUGGCAUCCAUCAGAAAACAUCAUCGCAGUUGCGGCAACUAAUAAUUUAUUUUUGUUUCAAGAUAAGUUUUAGCGUAAUUAAUUCUGUACACUCAAAAGUCAUUUCAUUUGCUUCCCAUGAACCUCCAGAAAAUGCCAGUUUCAAUUUCAGUUAAACACCAUUUCGGGUGUGGUGCAGUGUAUGUCAAACCUCAAAUUUUAUACAUUUAUUCACAUAGAUCACGGUGAGAUAUGGUAAAAUCUGACCUUCAUUAAUAGUUAAUAAAUUUAUUAGGAUUUUAGUCCUUUUUCUGUGUUGAAAUAUAUUAUUCAGAAAGCAAAAUGAUGCAGGUUUUUUUUAUUGGUUUUACACUAAAAGUUUUCUUUUAGUUGAUGUUUCAGCACAGAAAAGUGAAAAGCUGUGAAAUUUAAUGGGUCGAUUUAACCUAAUGAGCUCAGUUUUUUGAGAGAUACAAUGAUGAUUAUAAACUUCGAUGUUGGAAGGAUGUCGUGAAUGGCAAUAAAUGUUUUUGUGUAUCACAAAUACAAUUAUUUCUACUUAAAAUCUUGCUGAUGUAUUGGAAUUUUUUCCUGAAUAAGUAAGUAUAAAAUGAAAAGGAUUGAUAUCUUUCUCACUGAUAUCUUUGAACAUUCACGGCAGAGUGUGUAGUUUUUAACAUUGCCAUAUUCCUAUGGUCUGAAUUGCUAUUUAUUCAGAAAAUUUCCUCUUCCAUUGGUUUGGUUGGUUCAAUUAAAAUUGUUAAAAAUAGUGCACUCUGUGAGCAGCAAAAUACAUUUUAUAAUGUUUUAAUUUACAUUGUGCCAUAUCGGAUUUUUUUUGAUGGGCUGCAGCUUUUUCCGUUCUUGAUCUGUUUAGUCUUCGCUUAUCAGGCUCGAUAUGUGAAGCAUUACCUCAGAGAUGAGUCAUUUUAUACCGAGAUGAAUGUAUUGAAUUGAUUGUAUUAUAUAUAUUAAGUUUUAUUGAUUCAUUUUAUUUCUAUUCUUGUUUAAAGUGUAUUUCAGAUGAAAUGUUAUGGUACAGAUGAUUUACUGUGACUGUAUUUUAUUUUCACUAAAUUUAAAACCCAGUGAAAUGUAACAUAUAAGGAUAUAUGAGGAAAACACAAUAAACAUCUAGUACCAAUGAUUCUUUGUACCUUCAAAUAUGUUCCAUCUUUUUUUUACUUUUAAAGGAAUUAUUUACUCACAAACCUUAUUUUUAAAUAAAAGAAGAUUCAAAAAUAAAAUGAUAUACUUAGUUGACCAACGUAAAAUUCUGUCUCAGAAAUAACAAUACUGGGUGCAUCAAUUAUACCAUCAAAGCUUGCUUUCUCAUCAAACACAAUACAUCUCCAUGGAAUAUGCGGUUUAUUGAGUUCUUAUAGUUUCUUUCAACUGGCUUCAAAUGAAGAAAUGCUCAUUCCAUUUGUCUAUAGAAAUACAAGAUUGUUCUUGGUUUGUAAUGAUUUUUGACAAGUUCAUACCAAUAAGAUCACUAAAGAUCUAUUAUAGAAUGAAUUGAGAGUGUGACAUGCAUAAUCCCAAGUCCCAGAUAUAGCUUCUAUCCUAUGAUAUCCACUAAGUUGAAAUUGAAGUGUAUAACGGGUAUUGAUAAUAUAAAUUUUGGUUUCUUACUGUUCUGUUGAAUGGAUUAGUUAUAGAAUAAACUGCAGAUCCUUCCAUAUAAAUAUGAUAUUUAUGUCAACCUAUGUUGGAGGUCUCAGAUUAUUUCUAUGCUAUUACUGUUGCACUGCUUAAUUCUUAUCAUUCAAUAUAAAUAAUUGCCCAGAAAAUGUUCGUUUAAACUACAAUAUAUAAAUCAAUCAAACUGUAUAGUUUGUUGUAAUAAAUUUUAAACUUAA